AUGGCAUCUCAUUUAUCAUCAGUCUCAACUAUUGAAGGUCUUUUAUAGCACUCCGCCAGUGGCAAAGGCAAUAGAGAUUAUUGGAAUAUUGAUGACAUUCUGGCUGAAGAAGAGUCAGCUCCAACAAUUUUUCUUCAAGAUGCAAAGGGUUUAGCUUAUUUAAAUCAUUUGGACUAGAUUAACCCAAAUUCAAGUAAUGCAAUUAGAGCAUCUAGUAGUGCUUAAAGCAUGUUAGCAAAAUAGCAGCAACUAAGGAAUCUUAGGACUGAAGUACUUAAAGCUGAAACAAAGGUUGAACUUCCCCUUUGGCUCGGUAUUGCUCUAGCUCAAAGAGACAUCGUGAACCUUCUGCCUCCCAAGUAUAUGACAAAGCAGUAUUUUAACACAUUGAAUGCAGGAUCUGAGGUAGUUACAAUGAGGCAAUAAAGUCCAUACAUUUAUGAGAAUGUUACUAAAAUUUGUGAGUACAUGGCUGAAUCAGAUGUCAAGGAUACCCUUGUAGUAUACCUAAAUGUUUUUAUUGAGAGAUUUGGGAAGCUGGUAAUAGAUUACUCCAACAAUUCAAAUCAGACCGAACAAUUUUCAGGAGUCCAAAAGAAGCUUACAAAUUUAGAAAGAGAGUUAUUCGAUACACAUAAGAAAUAAAAACUCAUGUUUUAAGCAUGGAAGAACAGAGAAGGCCCAUCAGUAGAAGUAAACACUGAUUUCAUUGGCAAUGAGAAUAAUGAUGGCCACGAAGCUCGCAAUUUUAAAAGACUUAGAGUGCAGUGA